AUGUUUAUGAAUCAAACUUCUUUGAAAAUUUUAUAUUUUGAAUUUAAUGUAAACGACAACAUCCCUAAUAUUCCAUUUACCACUUAUCCUGGAGGGAAGGAUUGUUUAAGUAAUCUUUCUGAAUUUUCAUGUAGUUCAAAUUUAUAUCUUGAAUUUUUUUAUCAGAUAUCUCGAAUUUGUCAUAAUUUACAAUCACUAAAAAUAACUUUUGAAUAUUUCAUCUCAAAUGGAUUAACAGAAUUAAUUUCUGUUCAAAAAGAUUUAAAUUAUUUAGAUGAAUCUGACUUGGUUUACUGUAACAAACAUUUAGAUGAAAGGCAAUCACUAGCAAAAAUUCCAAACACAUUAACCAUUUUACACAUUGUUGGAAAACCCUGUCACAUGCAAUUGUCAUUUAUUUCUAAGCUCUCAAAUUUACAAGAACUUUCAUUAUCAUUUAUUAGAAAAAAAGGAUUAGAAGAAUUUAAAAAUCUUCAACAUGUUAUCCUUCCACAAUUACAAAUUUUAACUUUUAAAUAUAAAUGUCCCAAAGUUGGAUACCUGAUCAAUUUCUUAGAAAUCAAUGGAAAGAAUUUAAAAAAACUUGAUCUUGGAAAAAAUUAUUCUUUUAAUAAUUCAUUAAAUUUAGCUCGUGAAUUUUUAGAGAUGGUUGUAGAAUUUUCACCUAAAAAAUUUCACGAGUUAAAGUUAGAAAUGGGAUCUUACGUAGAUAUAGAAACAGUAUUUCAAUGGGGAUUAAAGACUAUCUUUAAACGCUGGGCGAAUCGUGUGCCAUGUAUUCCACUUUCUUUAACUAUUAUUACGAAAAUAGCAUGGACAAUUACAAUGGAUGAAAGAAAUGACAAAUUAAUUGAAAUGUAUAAAAAAUUAGGUGUUAAUAAAGAAAUUUAA